AUGUCAGAAGAGCUUCUCGACGAAAUAGAAGCCAUCAACUCCAUCUACGGGGAGGACACACUCACACCCUACCCAUCAUCAGACACACCAGACUCGGGAAUCUACAUCCUGCGCCUGCCCCCCCUCGACCCCUCCCCUGAUCCAGAGUCAGGGUCAACAUCAUCACUGCGCCUGCAGUUCCCCGCGGGGUACCCCGCAGCCGCACCGCCCGCGGUGGUGGGCACGCACAGCAGCAGCGGCGGCAGCAAGCGCGGGGCGGCGGCGCGCGAUCUACAACUGUUCCGCGGCGCCGUGGCCGCCGUGUACGCGCCGGGGCAGGUGUGUCUGUUCGACGCGUUCGAGCGGUUCAAGGAGGACGCCGCUGCAUCCGCUGCUGCCGUGCACCGUGAUGAUGAUCAGGAAGGCGAAGAAGAAAGUGCGGUGACGGAGGAGGAGGAGCAGCCUGCGGGCAGCCACGGCGGCAAUGGCGAGGAUGAAAACGAAGACGAAGCUGCGCCGUGGGUGAUAUCCGACCCCGUAGUCGAGCUCAAAUCGACAUUCGUCGCGCGGUGCGCGGCGGCAUCAUCGCCCGCACAGGCGGCGCGGUACAUCCGCCAUUUACUCGCGAGCGACCGGCGGGUGCGGGGGGCGACGCACAACAUGACGGCGUGGCGGAUCCGCGGGGCCGGUGGGGCGACGUUCCAGGACUGCGACGACGACGGCGAGACAGCCGCGGGGGGCCGCCUGCUGCACCUGAUGCAGCUCAUGGACCUGUGGGACACGGUGGUGGUGGUGACGCGGUGGUACGGCGGCCAGAAGUUGGGGCCUCGCCGCUUCGCGCUGAUCAAUACCGCCGCCCGCGACGCCUUCGUCAAGGCCGGUCUGGUUAGUGACUCGGCGGCGGCUAAGAGGAAAGGCCAUGGGAAAUGA